AUAAACUCUGCCCAAGAAUCAAGAAAAUUAGAGAACCAAGAAACCAACAUACCUCAAUAUUCUACUUAUUCUUUUUUGUUCAUUUUUUUCACUAUGGGGCAUUUCAUCAAGCAAGUGGUUUUUUUCUUGUUCUUGGUGAUUUCAACUCCAUUUGUGCAAAUUGAAGCUAGAAAAAGCAAGUUUAUGAUCAUUCCUGCAUCCCCUUCACCAGCUCCAACUCCAGUUUCUAAUGAAAUUAGCUUUCCCCCAUUUUCAUCUUUUAGUCCAACCCCGUCACCAACACCAGCACCAGCACCAGCACCAACACCGAUCUUUAAUGAUUUUACUUUUCCUCCGUUGUCUUCUUUAAGUCCAACACCAGCACCAGCACCAGCAGCGGGUGAUCAAGAUCCUGAUGAAAAUGGCAUGCCAACACCGGCAGGGGCACCGGAGGAAGGUGGCAUUGAAGCACCAGCACCCCUUUUAACUGAUACUCCUUAUGGACUUUAUGGUCCUCACUCUCAGAAAGUUCCUUCUACUGUCACCAAUCUUGAUGAUGUAGAAACUCAAACUCUUGACAAGGAAUUCCAAGGUGCCCGCUUCAAUACAGACGAGUCCAGCAACAACAACAACAAUAAUGGCUACUCCGAAAAUUACAAUUACGAUAGCCACUCGGAGAAUUACAACAACAACAACAAUGGCUACUCGGAGAAUUACAAGAACAACAACAAUGGUUACUCCGAGAAUUACUACAACAACAACAACAAUGGCUAUUCCAAGAAUUACAACAACAAUGGCUAUUCCCAAAAUUACAACAACAACAACGAUGUUUUCUCCGAGAAUUACAACAACAACAAUGAUGUUUUCUCCGAGAAUUACAACAACAACAAUGAUGUUUUCUCCGAGAAAUACAAUAAUAACAACAAUGGUUUCUCUGAGAAUUACAACAAUAACAAUGAUGUUUUCUCCGAGAAAUACAAUAACAACAACAAUGUCUACUCUGAGAAUUACAACAAAAACAAUGGUUUCUCCGAGAAUUACAACAACAAUAAUGGUUACUCUGAGAAUUACAACAACAAUGUUUUCUCCGAGAAAUACAAUAACAACAACAAUGGCUACUCUGAUAAUUACAAAAACAACAACAACAACAACAAUGGUUUCUCCGAGAAUUACAACAACAACAAUCUUUUCUCCGAGAAUUACAACACCAAUGGCUUCUCCCAGAAUUACAACACUAACAACAACAACAACAACAACAACAACAAAAAUGUUUUCUCCCAGAAUUACAACAACAACAAUAACGGUUUCUCCAAGAAUUACUACAACAACAACAAUGGCUACUCCGAGAAUAUGGCAGAGAGGCAAGGAUUAAGCGACACAAGAUUCUUGGAGAAUGGCAAGUACUACCAUGACAUCAAGAAUGAGAAUCCCAGCAACAACAACAACAAUGGCUACUCUGAGAACUAUAAUCGUGUUAGCAGCUACAAUAACAAUGCCAAUAUGGUUGAAAGGCAAGGAUUGAGUGACACAAGAUUCUUGGACAAUAGCCAGUACUUUUAUGGUAACAAUGGUGAGAAAAUGUCCAUGGAGGAGUUUAAAAGACAACAGGACUAUCCAGGCACUGAGAAUGAACUUCCUUGAAGAUAAACAUUUAUCAAUUGGUUCAGGAAGAAAGGACAAAAGCAGGGGACAUGGAAAUAGAUUUUACAGAGUUUGAUUGAAUUUUAAGUUAUUAUGAGUGAGUGUUUGUGCAUUAUAGUUCUACUUGUGUCUGCAAACACAUUUUUUUUAGUUCUGCAAAUCAGACCAAGGGAACUUUGUCUUGUUUAACACUUUUUGUAUUUUUUAAACUUAUUAUAAUGACAUUGAGGCUUCACUCCUGGUUAUGCCA